GUAAAUGGCCAGUGUUUGUUGAAUGGACUAAAUGAUACGAAACUGAAAUGCCGCAACCAUCUGGUAAACGCGGUGCAGCCCAGCUACCUCUGAACAAAAUAACUCUUUGUUAAUUGCCGCAAGCCUCCUCCCACCCACACUUGUUCAAUGUGUGCCACGUCAGUAACUUGCUCGGAAAACUGCAGAGUCAGAUGGCGGGGAUGUCUACGGCAACAGAGCUGGUCAAACAGAGCUGACUGCAAUAGCUGGUAUUGCAGAAAGCUUUACUAUUGAACCUCUGGAGCAGUUGCGAAUUUUUGAUGUUGCUCACAGAAGUGACUCAAGGGAUUGAGAUUAUGCGCAUAAAUUAUGCGUAAACGCUUGUGCCGGCGGCUGUCUUUGGCUCUUUCCGUGGCGAUCCUGCUAAGCUUUUACAAAUCUGUACAAGAGCUUCCUCAGGUCAUUCUUCCGUAUCCUUUACAGAAAAGAAUCGGAGUCAGUAAAACGCCAGCGUCCGUGAUUGUGCUAAUCUGGUGGUAUCCAUUCGGCAAGAAAACCAAUAUACGGGACUGUGAUACUCUGUACAACAUCGGGGGCUGUCGAUUGACAGCCAACCGGCAAUUCUACCCCGUUUCGCAGGCUGUGAUCAUACAUGAUCGAGACUUAGCAGGAAAUGUGAGCCAGCUCCCUGCAGUGCGGAGACCCUCUUUCCAGAGGUGGGUCUGGAUGAAUUUCGAGUCUCCCACUCACACUUCAGGUCUAGAAAAACUUAAUGGCGUCUUUAAUUGGACUAUGUCAUACAAACGGGACUCUGACAUCUUUAUGCCGUAUGGAUACCUCUAUCCCAAAAAGACAGAAGGAAGGAGAGUAGUGCUACCCGCCAAAUCUAAAUUAAUAGCUUGGGUCAUCAGCAAUUGGAAUGAGGACCAUGCCCGGGUUAAAUAUUAUCACCAACUCAGUCAAUAUGUGCACAUCGACGUGUAUGGGAAAUAUCACCAGAGUCUGCAGAAUAGCAGCGUUGUUCUGACUGUAUCAUCUUAUAAAUUUUAUCUGGCUUUUGAAAAUUCGCAACACGUGGACUACAUAACUGAAAAGCUCUGGAGAAAUGCCCUCAUGUCUAGUACUGUGCCGAUAGUCCUAGGGCCCAGCAGAGCCAAUUAUGAACAGUAUAUCCCGCCCGGUUCUUUUAUCCAUGUAAAUGAUUUCUCGACUCCUAAAAAGCUGGCUGAGCAUUUGUUAUUUUUGGAUAAAAACGGAAGUCGUUAUCAGAAGUAUUUCGAUUGGAAAAGGCGAUACAGUGUGCAUCUGGCAAAUUUUUGGGAGGAGCCUUACUGCAAAGUAUGCCAGGCAGUCAAAAGUGCCAAGGCUGAUUGCAAGACCAUCUCAAAUCUGGCCAGUUGGUUCCAAUGAUUAAAAUAGUAGCCUCUAUAUUUCUGCUAUAAGGAAACCAGGAAAUGAAAGUUUUUUACAUAUUUGACUGAUCUUUUUAGGUUGUAUAAUCUGCUGCCAAAUUGUGGAAUAUACAUUCAAUGACAGAAUUACACUUAACAAAUACAAUGUUACACGUGAAAUUGCAGCAAGAACCAUAAUAAGUUAUUUUUAAACGUGAUUUCAAAAACAAUAAUUUGAAAAUGUCGCACUAUUUUGGUUCUAGCAAGCCACCAUUUGCACAAAUAUUUAAUUGACCUUUUAAAGAAGAUUUUGAAUUCUGACUACUAAAAACAAAACAUCUGCUAAAUAUAGCUGAGAUGAUCUACAAGACAGCGUUAUUUACUGUGUACACUGUGAGAUACAGGAUAGAAUGAACCAUCUCUAUUCUACAGUUAAAUUUAAGGAAAAUUCCUAGGUAAAAGUAUUUUCUUCUGCAUCUGUCAUGAAUUUCCUAGCAAUAAAAAUUUGGUGUAGUGUAAACA